CGUCUCUGUCUGCUGUGGUUGCAAUGGCGUUUGCUGCGACAGCACUUUCCGGCAGCAGGGAAAUCGAGGAGAAAGCAGCGACAAACGUCGCCAGCGGAUACGUGAUCGCCUCAAAAUCCUUGGAUUUAUGCGAUAUUCGGUGAACUAACUCGUAUUUAGAUUGUAGAGCCCUUCGCCUUGUGGAUGAGCUUGUGUUCAACGUUUUCCAAGCGUGAAUCUCCACCUUAAUGCGGUGGGAUGGCCACAGUGCCGCCUGGGCCUAGUAGCGCACUGCCUUCAUCCCCGGCUGAAAUUCCUCCUUUCCCCGGGGCUGGGAGCGCGGAGCCGGCGGUGGAAGACGGAGAGCCGGCUUGUCACAGAGAGGACUGUGUACCCGCCGGUACAGGGAAGACGUCGGAGCCGGUAAGCGACGUCAAUAGGUCGGUUAAUAAGAAGCAAAAAAACAUGCUAGCGCGAGCUAGCCCGGCGGCGCUGCACCUUAAAAUGCAAGCCCGAGAGCAGCAGCAGCUAAACGGCUUGGCCUGCCCCUUAGAGGACGCUGACAGCCACCAACACACAGGAAACCGGCCUGACAACCCGAGACCGUCCGCGGACAACUGUGACAGCAGUAGCAGCAGCAGCAGCGGCAGCAAUGAGGAUGCUCCAGCCGCUAGACACAAUAGUGAGCAUUGCCAACAUGGAGGCCACAGCCCCUUUUCCAAAAACGGCAGUCACUCUCCCCUAGUUAACAAUAGCAUGAACGGGAUGCCGGGUUUUACAAGAACUGAGGCGGCCUACAGCCACCUUGGGGACGAGGGGAAAGCGGGGUUUGACCUUAGGGAGCCACCGAGACCGCCCAGCAUCGAGCCGCCGGAUGCCGGGCCCGGCGGAGAGCAGAGCCUCGCUGACCCGCAGCAGCAGCAGCCGCCCGCCGCGGAGCUGGCCCGGCUCGACCUGAGCAGCUCUCCCGGCCGAGCGGAGGAGGACAGCCACGGCAUUCGCUAUGUCCGCUACGAGUCCGAGCUCCAAAUGCCGUGGAUCAUGAGACUGAUCACCAAGGACUUGUCUGAGCCUUAUUCAAUUUACACCUACAGGUACUUCAUCCACAACUGGCCGCAGCUCUGCUUUCUGGCCAUGGUGGAGCAGGAGUGUGUCGGGGCCAUCGUAUGUAAGCUUGACAUGCACAAGAAGAUGUUCCGUCGUGGCUACAUCGCAAUGCUGGCCGUGGACUCAAAACACAGAAGGAAAAGCAUCGGUACUAAUCUGGUGAAGAAGGCCAUCUAUGCCAUGGUGGAGGGUGACUGUGAUGAGGUUGUAUUGGAGACCGAAAUCACCAACAAAUCAGCCCUGAAGCUGUACGAGAACUUGGGUUUUGUCAGAGACAAGCGGCUGUUCAGAUACUACCUAAACGGAGUGGACGCGCUGCGGCUCAAACUGUGGCUCCGCUAGAGGAAAGAAGAGGGGACGGGGGAAGACGGACAGCGGGUGCUGUUCACUUUGAACGCUAUCGGCUUGACAGCCUCAGCUCUGCCCUGGUCAUUUCACUCUUAUAUACACACACACACACACACACACACACACACACACACACACACACACACUCUCAAUCACACACACACCUGUGUACACACAUAAGGAGUAUGCAUACAGGGAUGCAUAGACACACACACGCCCUCUUUUUGUCCUUGGCCUCUAAACAACUGUUGUUUAGGCAGAAACGAACUGACGUCCCACCUGAUGUUCUCAUGAAGGCGCCCCUGAUACUGUCUGUGAUGGGAAGGGGGGGGAGGGGGGGGGGUGCGAGUGUGGCCCCACAUUGGACCGGGACAUUAGGUGUGAGGCAGUUUAAGUGAGAACGUGCGUCCGAAACCCCCAGAGGACACGGCACCACACCAAAUCCUCCCGCAGAACACAGGGGGGGGAGAACAACCAACAACCCGUGAACCCAAGGCAGCGGGGCAGUAAAAAAACAGACUGGGGAGAAAAAUAGUUGUUUAUUUUUGUGUUUCUUUUUUAACCUUGUGAGUUGGACGUGGGGACGGAAAAAAGCUAUAGUACGACUGUGUGUUUGUAACGCCUCAUGUUCUUAUUUGUUUUUGGCUUGUUUUUGUGUGCAUGUGUACGUGGCGUGGGUGGUUUCACUGUGACCGCGCGGGGGUCAUGCUUGGUGGGAAUUGUGCGUACUGUUUGUAUGUUUGGCGUUUUCCAUCCUGUCGAAUGGCGUGGCGGCUCCCCCUGCCUUCGCCUCCAGGACCGGAGCCUGUAAAGAUAUGCAUGCAUUUAUUUUAAUGUGAGUGCGGGGGAAAGCGUGACGAGUGUGUGUGUGUGUGUGUGUGUGUGUUGAUUAUCCCAGUCUGAGGCUAACCCCUCCGAACCCCUUCCUGUGUUCGGUGUGAGCAAGUUGGUGCAGAGCAGGUGAUCAAAAACGCAUCACUCCAUUAGCACCUGAACUAUGCCCAACUGGUGGAUCUGCCACCUUUUUGCUUCAGUGUCCUUCAAUAAUCCCUCACCAUCAAUCCCUGACAGUAUGGGUGAGGACUUGAAUUUUUCCCCCAUCCUUUUAUUUCAGAUCAGAACUUGUUUUCCUCCGAGUGCACUGCCAGCCGCUGCAAAUUCCCCAAAAAAAGGAGAACAUUGACUCUUUCAAAGAGACUCCUUGCCAAUGAUGGUGUGGUCAGAUGUGUCCUAGCCGUCUCAGUUUACUCCUUUUUUAGAUUCUGCGUCUGUUUCUCCUUGUUGCAAGUGCCACUCAAUCCAUCAGCGCUCUCAGCCACAACUGCAGUGACGAGCCCGCUAUCGGGCGUCACACGGUAGCCUCGGCACCAGACCAGAGGCCAAGUGUUAUAUAUGCUGGAAUGCUGUUUAAGUAUGCUGUGUGUGUGUGUGCGUUUAUCUCUUGAUAAAACAAAAAAAAAAGGAAAAUAGACUCUUAGCAUAUUAUAUUUUAUUCUUUUGUUCGCUUUCAGUUUUAGAUCUUCUAAUAUACACCUGUAUAACCUCACGCUGCUCAUAAGCCGGCUGAGUCCACAAUGCACUUCCCACGGGCCCUAAAUCGAUGCACAACCAACCUCGCUAACAUUUUAAGAUCUCCAACAUGGUCCAGUCCACACUUACUAUGGCAAAGAAUGUUUGCUUCAACCAGAUUUUUUUUCUCUUGAAAGUAACAUGAACAAAGGUCAGAUGCACUUCUUUGGAAAUUGCUGCUGUGUGUGGAUGUAUGUGUGUGUGUGUGUGUGUGUGUGUGUGUGUGUGUGUGUGUGUGUGUUGGUGUGUGUGUGUGUGUGUGUGUGUGUGUGUGUGUGUGUCCUGUUAUUAAGACAAUGGUGUGGAUCUGUUAGACUUCUAUUUCUCUAUUUAGAGACACCCGCACAGGAAAAUCCUAGCCUUUUGAGGUGCUGUGUUUUGUUCCACCCUUGUGAGGACAAGAGGAGGGAACAAAUCACCCACUUUUCUUAAAGCUUUCCAGGACUCGAGUUAGUGCUGUGAUCGAACUAAACUUCAGAUUAUGCAAUUGGACUUCUGCAUGCUUAUAUUCUGCCUCCAGUAUUCAGAGUAGAAAGCACCGCAGGACACUGCCACGUGGCACGAACAGAGUCAAUUCUGCUCUAAAAUAUUGACCAGAGAACAAACGAAAGUCUCCAGCAACCGUUCAUGGAAGUCAAACGUUUCAGUGAUUUAGGGACUGAUGGUCUAGUCUCCGAUAAUAACACUACAGGACCUUGUUCAUGUGUUGGGUUUGUUUCCCCGUACAGCAGUCCAGCUCACAUCUUUCAUCCCAGGACCCAGGACUGAAGGGGAGAGUAGAGGUCUACAGCCUGUGUAUGUACGUUUGAGUCCGUGUGCAUUUAGAACAAUGGUGAUCACAUGACCUUUCUUUCAGAUUUGUAUACGAGUGUUCUAUUCUACGGAUAUAUUGAGAGAAUGUUUUUUUUUUUUUUGGGGUGAAUCAUCUGUUGGGAAGGGGGCAGUUUGGGUUGAUUUAUCAGAUUUGGUUUUUAAUUUUAAUUUCUGUGCUACUUAAGCCCAUCCAGAGGUGUAACGAGAAUUAGGAGCGCUUCAUAGUGGGCAUACGGACACUCUAGACCCUGAACACCAACUAUUAUCUUUACUGCUCAUCUGGCAUGCUUUAGAUCUCAGUUGUCACCCCGUGUAAACUCCUGGUUUAUUUUGGAGGUCCUCUUGUGUCUCUCUCUCUCUCUCUCUCUUUUAUACAGUGGCUGCUGAUGGAUAGACAACCCCUUACAAAAUGAACAUUACUCGUUCUUUCAAACCAGCUGUCGGUAUAAAGAAGUGUUUUAGAUUUUUGAAGGAAAAGUGUUGGUUAUUUUCUGGGUUUUUCCUGUGAAACUGUGGCAGUUCCAUACGGGCAUUACAGCCUGUCACAGAGAGCUGAAGGGCUCUGUUUAGCUCAUGAACACAGACUGAAGGGCUCCGUCAUCAAUAUCAGUUCAUAGCCACGGCCCGUGGUCUUGUUUUACCCAGCUCUCUAUCUCUCUGACAAUGCAUUUGUAAUAUGUUCUGACUUGACAUGCCAGUUCAGUGUUCACAGAUGUCAGAGGCAGUUUCAUCCCCCCCUUCUCCUCCUGAACGUCCAGGUAGCUUAUUCUAACAGUCGCGCUCCCCACUUCUCUGUCCUCACCUGGGGUGACAUCUGCCAUCCCACAUUUCUAGUGUUACAAUUAUAAAUUCCCCCAGAAACCAGUUUGCUGGUCAAAUAAACAGCAUUCGUCUUGGCUGUCAUGCUGCACUACAAAGACCUGUGGUCCCUACAACCAGCCAUGGGGGCUUCCUGCAGUCUUUUCGGGGGUGGCCAGCACCGCCAUCCACAAAGUGUGCAAAGGGGAGAGCAAAAGGUUUUUCUGCAUGUCAGAUUUCUGUUUUCCCUGUCCCCUCUUGAUUUUUGAUCUGGAAAUGUCCGAAAGCUUUUAUUUAAUGUGGAAAAAGAACACAGAAAUAAAUUAUUUGAUUUUUUUUAAUGUUGUAAA